CUAUACUAGAGCAUCGAUUCUAAUUCUCCCAGAGAAACUGAGAAACAAGUGUAUCUUUGCUGAACUCUCAGUUGUAAUAACCCUUACGCUUUUAUAGCAAAAUUUUUAAAAAAAAAUCCCACACAAGAAAGUAACCUGUACAUAUAAAGCCACGGGGUGAAGCUUCGUCUAUCUGCUCUCCUUGUUUCUUGUAUGCAACCUUUAUCAAGUACAUAAUUAAUAUAUUGAAUAAUUAUUGAAGGCCAUGGCAAAGAGAGCCAUGGCUCUUCUUGAUGUCGUGAUGAUUCUUGCCAUAUUGAGUUCUUCUUCCUUGUUCCUUCUGUCAUCGGCCGAGCUCCCGAGAUUCGAACAUCCGGUGAAGGGAGAUGGGUCUUUGAGUUUGCUUGCAGUGGGAGAUUGGGGAAGAAAUGGGACUUUUAAUCAAUCUCAAGUUGCUUAUCAGAUGGGAAAAAUUGGAGAAGAACUUGACAUAGAUUUUGUGAUCUCAGUUGGUGACAACUUUUAUGAAAGUGGACUCACCGAUGUAAACGAUCCAGAGUUUGAGAAUUCCUUUACCAAUGUAUACACUGCCAAUAGCUUGCAAAAACAAUGGUAUGCUGUAUUGGGAAAUCAUGAUUAUAGAGGCAAUGUGCUUGCACAAUUAGACCCAUUCCUUCGAACAAUCGAUAGCCGAUGGCUCUGCAUGAGAUCCUUCAUUGUUGACACAGAGGUUGCACAAUUUUUCUUUCUGGAUACUACUCCCUUUGUCAAGAAGUACUGGACUCAUCCGAAAAAGAGCCAUUACGACUGGAGGGGGGUUGCGCCACGCAAGAAGUACAUGUCAAACCUCUUAAAGGAUUUGGAUACAGCACUAGGAGCAUCAACUGCAACAUGGAAGAUCAUCGUUGGACAUCACGCAGUGAGGAGCGUUAGCGAGCAUGGAGACACUGUGGAGCUCGUCGAUACACUUCUCCCAAUUCUCGAUACUUAUGGAGCUGAUCUAUAUAUCAACGGUCAUGACCACUGUCUCGAGCACAUCAGUAGUAUUGACAGUCCACUUCAAUUUAUUACAACCGGAGGAGGAUCAAAGGCUUGGAGAGGUAUAUACAAGCCUACAAAUGAAAAUUUGCAACUGUUCUAUGAUGGACAAGGAUUCAUAUCUCUGCAACUAACGAGGGCUGAAGUGAAAAUUGUGUUCUAUGAUGUUGAUGGAAAGGUUUUGCAUCAAUGGAGCAAUGCCAAAGAGCUCAAUUACUUCAUCUAAAAGGUACAGCUUCGCUUGUAGAUUUCGAUCGGAGAUCUUGGCAAUGAACGAGAUGAAAUCCUAUCUUGAUUUUUGAACAAUGUGAUACAUAGAUGACUUGGUAUCGGAUGGUCAAAUUAAUCUUUCAGAUGGUGUUUAUGAAGUAACUAUACAUUUUCUCAAGCAUCUUCUUUAAAGCCAUAAAGCAAAUAAAAAAUAGUAAGUCAUUACAUUA